UGGCUUCAGAUUGUUAGCUCCGUAACUAACGUCGAUUACAUACAUCAGCGGAACGCCAUCCGCAUCGGCAUUAUGAUCGUCUUGGUUUGGACGGUGGCCGCCAUCGUGUCGAUCGCCCCUCUCUUCGGAUGGAAAGAUCCGGAUUUCGUGAACAGAAUAGAGAACGAGAAACGGUGUCUCCUUUCCCAGGAUAUCGGGUAUCAAAUAUUUGCCACAAUCGCUACCUUUUAUGGUCCGCUUGUCUUCAUAUUAGCGCUCUAUUGGAAGAUAUUUCAGGUGGCCAGAAAACGGAUCCGUCGUAAGCCGGGUAAACUGGUAGUACCGGUGGCCAGAAAACGGAUCCGUCGUAAGCCGGGUAAACUGGUAGUACCGGUUAGUAACCUACAAACCCCCCGGACAUUAGCGCCGAGUCCUUCAUCGCAAAACAUAAACAGCAUUAACGACGAUAUGAACACAACUAUGGAUGAGUUGACAGAAACACAGUUCAGACAAAAUAACGACAAAGAAAUACAGUUAAGGCAAAUGCAGCACAACUUAAGCCCCAACAGAAUGGCUACACAACUGGCCACUAAUGGCUCGAAUAAUAAUCCCAAUCCGACCUCCAGUUCCAAUCAUAAAAUCAGCUCAAAUCAGACCAUUAAUGCCGUUAAGACGCCGCACAAGAAGCCGACUAAUAAGGAGUCGUUAGAGUCGAAAAGGGAGAGAAAAGCGGCCAAAACGCUGGCCAUAAUCACAGGUGUGUUUGUGAUGUGUUGGGCGCCGUUUUUCGUGUUGGCGGUACUGAUGCCUAUAUUCCCGCAAAUGGAGCCAAACAAAUAUGUGUUUGCCAUAUUUUUAUGGUACGGCCGGAAAAGGCCACGAAAGCGGAGGUCACGUACAAAAAAGCGAAGACAUGAGUCCGUGGAACCCAUUGAAGGCAAAUGGGAGGACAGACCCACAUAUAAGGCUAAUCUGGCAAAUAUUCCCAACGAAGUGCUCACAACAUAUAUACCUCCAAAUCCAGACAUUGAAUCCGAAGACAUAAAACGCGAAAACUUUAUGAAUAAUUUUGACAAACUAGUGCUCAAAGGGAUCAACUUUGAUAUCUUUGAAAAGUUAGGCAAAGGAAAGUAUGGAGUCGUCUAUAAGGCUAACAAUCUGAAGCCAACGAAUACGAUCCCCGACCCAAUCGUUGUCAUUAAAGCCAUGUCUGUGUCGGCCGAUGAGAAUCGGAUGGAUAUGUUUAAG